UUCUCUUUCUUUACCGACUGCUCAGCUCUGUUCCCUGAGCCCUCCUGAAGAGAGACGCAGCAGACUCGCCUGGGAGACCCCUCAAAGCACCAGCGGGGAAGCCGCGGAGGGCAGGAAGAUGCCUCUGGCGCUCCAUUUGGGCGCCUUGGUGCUCCUCCUGUUCCACACAGCCAGCCUUGAGGCAGGAGAGAUUAAAGAAAUCACAGUGGAAAUCGCUUCGGGGAAGGUGUUUCUCACAUGCCCAGAAGAGAAAUCCGAGUGGUGGGACAAGAAAUCCGACCUAGGAACAAGCCGCAUCCUGGACAUCUCUGCCCCAGACGAUCUGCUUGAGAUCGAAAGGGGGAAAGAAUUUUCCUGUGGAGAAAAGAAGAGCAAAUCCUGGAGGAUUUAUCUGAAGGUCAAAGGGUGCAAGGACUGUGUGGAGCUGAGCCUGGGCCUGGGGGCCGGCAUCAUCGUGGCUGACCUCCUGCUCACCCUGGGAGUCCUGCUCCUAGUCUACUUCUGCAGCCAGAAGCAGCCGGGCCUCUUCAGGCCAGGUGCCCCACGAAGGCAGCGGCUGCAGGGACAGCAAGCAGACCAUCCCCCGCCUGUCCCAAAUCCAGAUUAUGAGCCGAUCCGGAAGGGCCAAGGGGAGGUUUAUGCUGGCCUGGCGCCCCAGGCUUUCUGAGAUGCUGCUGCCUCGCUUGCCAUGGCAAGAUGCCAGAUGUCCCGGCUGGCCGCGAGAGUCCCCAGAAGUGCCUGUCACUUCCUUCUCCUCUUCGCACUGACAUUCCUGGUGGGGGAACUCCCUUUGCGCUGAGUUUUGCAGCUGGAAAAUCGAGUGGCCUGGAGAGCCCCAUCCCAGGUGGGGCGGAGAGCCCCGGGAUGCCCAGAGGGCUUCUCAGACUGCAGGUCUCACCUGGGCAAGAAAGCGGCACCAUAGACGCCUCUUCCCUCAUGUGGGGUCACUCAGCCACAGCACUGCUGCCCCAAGUGCAUGCAAGCUCCAUGGCUCCCGUCCCAUCUGGCAGCUCUGUUAUUCUGGCUGGGGGUACCCAGGGUGGCCAGUCUCCCCUAGAGCGCCUGAGAUGGCAUGCCCGGGUGGUCAAUUUGUGCUGCCCACUUGCCCUGGCAGGGCAGCCCAUGAUGAAAAGGCAGCCUGCUUUUACAUUUGCUGUGCUUGUGCUCGCGAGGACUCCUAGUAAAGCUUUGCUCCAUUCACCCCA